UCCACCAUAAACCCCGCCAUCCGAACAGACGAACUUCAGUUCUCUUUUCUCUCGCAAGAAGAGCUGUUGCAAUCCACUCCGAUAGCGAGAUCUCCGUUGAGGAGUUACAGAAACCGUCAGAUGGAUCCGCGGAUAAGCGCCGAGGAGUCGGACGAUACGAAUGGACUGGACUCCGGGCCGUAUCCGGCUUCCAUCCGGGCAGCGGUCAGCAGAGUACUACGCGGAUAUGACUGGAGCGUGGUACCGGCACCAGUACGAAGUGGUCAAGGAAACGGAGCGGGUGGCGACAGAAGAAAACCGUACGUCAAACGACCUAUGAAUGCUUUCAUGGUGUGGGCUCAAGCGGCCAGACGAAAGCUGGCUGACCAGUACCCUCAUUUACAUAACGCAGAGUUGAGUAAAACUUUGGGGAAACUUUGGAGGUUGCUCAAUGAAGAAGACAAACGGCCGUUCGUAGAAGAGGCAGAAAGGUUACGACUGAUCCACAAACGGGAGCAUCCUGACUACAAAUAUCAACCAAGGAGGAAAAAGACAUCUAAAUCUGGCAACGAGAAACCUCAGCAGCCUGCUGGUCAGGCCAACACAGCCAUUGUCUUCAGGUCGCUCAAAUACAGCGAUUCCGAUUCCAAUUCCGUGAAGACGGAACACGAAGGAGGUGCUCCUUCCAGCCCACCUACCCCUCCAUCCAGUCCCCCUCUCGAAGAAGUCUCACCUCUCAACAGGAGACUGAAACCUGAUGGCAGUAGCUACGAGCAACCAAUCGAUUUCAGUUAUGUGGAUGUCGGCCAACUCACACGAGAGGCGAUGGACAAUUUGGAUGAGUCUGAGCUUGACCAGUACCUCCCACCCUCCAGCAUUAGGCAAUACACUGGUCUUAUGCCCCCUCUGGUGGACGAUUUCGGAGGACCUUAUCCAGUGAAUACAGCCUCUUUCGUGAGCAGUACUGCAGGUGAAGAACAUUGGACUUGCUUUUAAAGAACUAUUACAUGGAAAAAGAGGUUCAUUCUUAGUGCCCUGGAGAAGAACUUUCAACAAAAAAUAACAAUUAGUAGCGGAAGUAUCCGAUGUCAGUUACGUUAGAUUGAGAGUAAUGCAUCUAACAACAGUGGGAACCAUACCGCUGGAAUCCUUCUCUAGUAACGGUGCAAAAAAUACGAUUCAUAGUCAUACAUUUUUCAGUCUGACGCGAUAGGGAACCCACAUAAAAAUUUCGGUAGAAAAAUAAGCUAAUUAAUUCUCUCUCAUUAUAUCGGCAACAAUGGCACGCAGUUUUUAAUGAUUUUCGUCUUUCUGAUUAAUGGUUGUAAAAGCUCGAGUUCCAUCCAAUAUCUCACCGAUAUUCAAUUUUAGUCGAUUAAAUGUGGCAAAAUGUUGAUCAUAAUUUAUCAGAAACGCGAACAAACAAAUAAACACACAAACUGACAUUCUUCAAUAUAUAUAGUAUAUAUACAUAUUA